AAUUGUGAUAAUUAUCACCUAAAUUUGGAAUUAAUUCAUUCAUUCGUUUAAUUUGAAAUGAGUAACCGUACCAAAGGGAAUGUUAAACCUUCAAAUAGUGAACGUGCAUCACGAUUGUUGACAACGAAUAAAUUUCUAUCAUUUUCUGAAGCUUCGAAAAAUUUAUCUUCAGUAUACAAGACAACCGAUGCUACUGAUGGUGGUGGUGGUGGUAGCCGACAAAAUGAUACAUCAGCAUUCGAUUGUGAAAUUGGUACAGAUUUUCAACAUGUAUUCAAACAUAUGGCCAAAAAAGAUGUUAAUACCAAAAUGAAAGCAUUGGAAGAGUUUAUUGAAUUAUGUCGUAACAAAAAUCCUACGGAAUUGUUGAGUAUAGCAAGAUUUUGGUUCCGUGUUUAUAGAAAAUUGGCAAAUUCUUUAGAAUGGAACAUACGUAAUGCUAGUCAUGAAGCACAAUAUCGAUUCAUCUCUUCCAUAGAUUAUGAUUUGAUUAUUGAAUAUUUUGAACCAUCCAUAAAUGAACAACAGUUCAAUGAUUAUCGUACGGGAGAAAUUUCUUUUCAAACAUUGAUCACAAUGUCAGCCGUUAUGUGGAAUUCAUGUUUCGAUGCCUAUAGUCAACCAUUUCAAUCUGCACGAAAUGUAUUUAGACAUCUUUUUUCACGUGAAAAAACAAUCCAUUUUCUAUUGGUUAAUUGUGAUUCGAUUCUCAACUAUUGUCUAUAUUUUAUUUUCAACAAAAUUCCUAUCGAGCUUUUCUACAAUACAUCAUUACCGACUGAUUCGAUUCGAAUGUUUGAAGAUCAUCAAUUGGGUACCUGUUUACUUGGCCUAUCCACAAUGAUCAAUGAAUUAAUGUGUUUCUAUGUAAAAAAUAACAUCGAUGAUACUCAUAAUGUUUAUGAAUGUUUGGAAAAAAUUUUCAUUCAUCUCAAUGAAGAAUUUGUUCGAAGUAAAGGCUUGGCGGAGGAUGGUGAUCGAACAACAACAACAACAAAUGCAACAACAAUCUUGUCAACAGAUAAAACGCUGGAAAAACAAAUGGAAACUAUACAUGAAUUGGAAAUGAGUAGAAAAGAAAAGAAAAAAUUACGAAAAGAAAUGAACAACAAAAAUGAUCAAGCUAGAAAACAAGAUUCAAGAAUCAUGACUUGUUCAUUGUGGAAUUGUACAAAAUCGAACAAUGAUUACAUUCGAAUAGCAUCAUUUCAAGCAUUAACUGCAUUCACUCGAUUGACGAGUUUUCUUGCCAUUGAUUCAGAAGAAAAAUUUCUUGAAAAACACUCAAACAUUUCCACAAGAUUAUGGUUCAAAUUGUACAAAGGAAAUUAUUUUCCCACCAUUAUGAAUGGUAUGGUCGAUUCGACUAUUGAAAUUCGUGGCAUUUCCUGGGUGCUAGCUUCACAUUUGUUAUCCAAUAAUAAUGGUAGCUUUUUCAAUUUAUGGUCAGUGAUUAAUCGUAAUGAUUGGCUAACGAAAACAUUGAAACCUUUCAUCAAUAAUGGAAUGAAAUCAUCUGGUUCAAUCAUUGAUUUUGGUAUCGAUCGUAUUGGAUUCAAAAGCUAUUUGGCCAUAUAUCCCGAACUAUCAUAUCCAAUGGAAUCUUAUUUCAGCGCUCUUAGUCUGAUAUGUCCAACGUACCGUGACCGUUUUAUGAAAGAUUUUAAUGAUAAAAUCAAUUUGAUCACCAUGUUCAUUUGUUCAUUCAAUCAAAAUCAAUCAUCGGAUUGUCAAUUUUUAAUAUUUGAUUUAUUUCUCACCAACCUGUUGGAUUCAUUCAAUAAUAUUGGCCUUUUAACCGAUAUGUUGUUUCUGAUUGAAUUAUUCUUUAACAUAUCAUAUUUAGCUUUGCUUGAAUGUUUUAAAUCAAACAAUGACAACGGAAGUGAACAACCAAAACAAAUAAUGAUCACAUCAAUCGUUGAACAUUUGAAUAAUUUAUUAAAACGAACAACAACAACGAAAGAUGGCAAACGUGACCUAUUUCUUCGAAGUCAGGUUUAUCUAAAUCAUUUGUUAUUGAUUAACCGUGUGAAACAAAUCGAUGGACAUCAAUUGUUUGAAACACAGUUACUUGUAGUUUAUGAAAAUCUAUUGGCCAAUUUUCAUGAUGAUGAUGAUGAUGAUGAUGAUGAUCGUUUGGCAGUACUACGUUUUCUAACCGAAUCAUAUUAUCAUUGUGAUGGCUAUUUUUCCUAUGAUUAUUAUUGUACCGAAAUGGAAUUGAAUUAUGAACGAAAUGUUUGGAAAGUAUUGAAACAACAAUUGAAUCAACAAUGCAGUGGCAGUAAACAAGUAAAAUUUGAACAAGAUGAUGAUAUUGAUGAUGAUGAUCAUUUCUCAUUGAAUGAGAAAAAAUUGUUUGAAAAUUGUACCUUACCCAAUCGAAUAAUAACUAUAACAAAUGAACCACCGAUUUCAUUGUUAGUGAUGAUACCAUCACUUAAUCUACAUGUCAUUCGAAUUGUUGAUAAACUUAUUGCUCAUCUGGAUCGUAUGUUUGAAACGAAAUUUCAAUCAAAUUUAUCGAUAAAAGAAUUUGAGAAUGAAUUUCGAUCCAUAUAUUACAUGUUGAUUCAUCUUGAAUAUAUAACUAGAUCCGUGUCAAGUUCAAAACCACUUGAUGAACAUUGUUCUCGUUGGUUAUCGAUGAUCUAUUCAAUCUGUUCACGUUUUACCGAUGAUAAAUGGAUCAAAUAUCGUUACAUGAUAGCUAUUGGUUCGAAAAUACUCGAUGUUUAUAUUGUUCAUAUGGCCAAAAGUGAAUCAUCAUUAUUGUCGAAUCUGAAAAUGUUUCUUACUAAUCUUGAUCCAUUUGCAUUUUGUAUUGUAAUCAAUCAUUUGGAUCAAAUACGAAAUGUAACCACGUCAGAUGUGUAUGAAAAAUUUUUGAAAAAUUAUUUUAAAAUUAUCGAUAAUUAUGUGACGAAUGACGAAUAUGAAUCGUUGAUCAUUCAUCGACAGCUGAUGAUUGUAUUCAAAACUGUGGAUGAAAAUCGAAUGGAUUUUGAAACUGCAAUAUUGGAAGAAUUAUUGGAUCGUUUAAUCAAAUCAUAUAAUAAUGAUAAUAAAAAUCAAUCACAAAAAAAUGAUGAAACAUUCAAACUAAUUGGUCGUUUAAUCGAUGAAAUGUGUGAUUAUUACAGCCACAUUGAUAAUAUUGUCAAGCAUCAAUUUUUCAUUCGAUUUCCAUCAAUAUUGAUUGAUUUAUAUCAAAUAUUAUUGAAUAAUCCGCAGAAAUUAUUUCUUAUUGAAAAUUUUUUCGAAAAUUUCUAUAAACAUUCACAAAUGUUAUUGCAAAGAUAUUCCCAAUUGGUUUCCAUAGAUUCCAUUAUUUGUGAUGAUAAUGAAGAUGAAAUUUUAAAAUUCAUGGAUAAUGUGGAAGGUUUUAUGUCAACAAUAACGAAAUCAUACACGUAUGAACAGAAUGAUUAUUUCGGUGAUAUCGGUAUCAAACAAUGUGCCUUACAAUUAUCAUUCAUUGUCGAUCAUUUUGUAUUUACAAUUGGUAAUGGUGACAUUAUUAGAGGACGUAUUCGGCGAUUCAUUAGUUUGAUAUUAUUUUCAUUAUCAACAUUGAAAUGUGAUGAUUAUGAAACUGUAUCUGAUAUGAUUAUCGAAUUUAUGAAGAAUUUGAAUCGAAAAUUUCUUGUCACUUGUACGGAAUUUCAAAUUCAAAAUGAUUUUUCCAUAUUACAUGAUUUAUAUGCAAUAUCAAAUGAUGAUAUUGUCCUACCAUUAUUACAAUUUAUUGAACAUCAUCAUGAUAAUGAUAAUAAUUUAGCCAUUUAUAUGAAGAAAAUGUCCACAUGGAAUGCCGAUGAACAAUAUGAUGAUCUUGUAAGAUUUGCUCAAAUCAAUUCGCUAAUGAUAACCAUUGCCAAUGGAUUGUUUUACUUUGGCAAUGAUGAUGAUGAUCAUCAUCGACAACAAUUGUUAAUAAUUCUGAUUAGACAAUUGUUCAAGAAUAUUUAUCUAUUGGAGAAAUUCAUUAUAAUUUCAAAACGUUGGAAUUUACUUCCACUGGCCAAAUUGAAUGUAAUUGAAUCGAUUAUCGAUGAAUAUAAAUCACAUCUACCAACAUUGCUUAAAGAAGAUGAAUCGUCGAUUAUGAUGGCAAUUUUUCAAUCAAUCGAUCAACAACAACAACAACAACCAGAAUUUGCUACAUUGCCAUUUAUUGCUUAUUUGUUGGAAAAAUAUCCAUCAACCAAUAUGUCAUUGGCGAAUAUUUGUGAAAUGAAUUCUAAUUGGAAAAAUUGUCAACAUCAGCAAGCAACAACAACAACAACAAUGGAUUCAAUUGAUUGA